GGAAUAUUUCGGCGUUUUUCCUUGCUGUAACGAACAAAAAUAAAAAUAUCUAUGAAAUACAACUAACGUUUUCUUCUGAAAACGGUAAAUAUACAAGUAAUUAUGCCGCUUGGUAUGAAGCCAGUAUGCAGUGCUUGCAAAAGCAAUGAAUCAAAAAUGUGGACCAAGGGAGAGAAAGGUGAAAUUUUGUGCAAUGAAUGCGUAACAAAGCAGACCCAUGGCGGAAAGGAGCAAAAUGGAAACGGUGCAAAUCAGUCCAAGAAAGGUGGUCCUAACUCGGAAAGUGCACAAGAAAGAGUCCUGAGAAAAAGCUCAAGGAACAAGCCUUCAAAAUAUCGUGUCAGCGCCAAACCUGUCGCUACUAAAGGGAAGGGAAGAAGAAUUAUAUUCAAGAAAAGUCAACCAGUUAAAGCACCAACAGCAGUAUCUACAGUUGUGACAGGCAAAAGCAUCUUUCAUGAGGGGACAUAUUACCAGGUUGGGGACAUUGUAUCUCUAGUGGAUGAUGAUGAGAAUGUUUACUAUGCUCAGAUCAGAGGUUUUCUACAGGAUCAGUAUUAUGAGAAGAGUGCAGUCAUUACCUGGCUUCUCCCCACCAGAGAUUCUUACACUGGCAGAUUCGACCCUUCUACCUAUAUACUUGGACCAGAGGAAGACCUGCCGAGGAAAAUGGUAUAUAUGGAAUUUGUUUGUCAUGCACCAUCGGAUUAUUUUAGGAGUAGCAAAACUCCCUACCCUACCAUAAACAACUCUCCAGAACUGUGCUAUAUCUGGUCCUCAUUGGGCCCUGAAAUCAGGCUAGCUCCGACAAAACUAGAUGAUAUAUUUGGACCUGAUGAUAGUCUCAAAACAGACAAUAAUGUGCCACAGACUCCACCAAAGAAAACAAAAGUUGAAAAAGUUAAAGUGAAAGAAGAGAAGAAAUUUAUAGUUGUUGAAUGAUGAACUCUAAUAGUGUGUUUUUAUAUGUUUUGCAAGGCAAAUUAGAAAUGUGUUCUGCAGGUUUUGUAUGUUUUGUAAAGCAAGUUAGAUAUGUGUUCAAUACAAAGAUCUCCACAGAAUGAGUUUACUCCAUAUUAUGUAGGAAACUUAGGAGGUUUUCAGGCUAUUGGGUAGUAGUUCUAUUACACCAAAAGCGCUGCUUUAAAACAAGCUAUUUUGUACAUAGUGAUCACAAAAUGAAAUGAUACUCGUACAAGAAAUGGUGACAGUUGAAAUGAUAAGAAAAUGAGCAACACCGUCACAACAUUAACGCUAAUUUUACAGUUAUUAUAUCGACAUUUGAGCCGUGCCAUGGGAAAACCAACAUAGUGGCUUUGCGACCAGCAUGGAUCCAGACCAGCCUGCGCAUUUGCGCAGUCUGGUCAGGAUCCAUGCUGUUCGCUUUCAAAGCCUAUUGCAAUUAGAGACUCUGUUAGCGAACAGCAUGGAUCCUGACCAGACUGCGCAGAUGCGCAGGCUGGUCUGGAUCCAUGCUGGUCGCAAAGCCACUAUGUUGGUUUUCUCAUGGCGUGGCUCAUUUCAUAAGGGCGUUUUUGGUAAUAUUUCCGGUAAGGUAUUUAAAGGCCAGUCUGGUGUAGGCCCUACACCCAAAUUGUAGGAGCUUCCUAAAAUUAUGUGAAUGUGAGUGAGGUCAAGAAACGGUCAGUUUGUUCCAUCCAGGUGAAUCAGCUGACUGACCCUGAUAAAACAUAUUAGUAGAGUAUUUCAUCCUUGUUGGUCAGCUACUCAUGUACAUUAGGUCAUAGGAAGUAUUUAUAAUUUACUGCUGGAAUUUGGUUGAAUUGAAGAAAAAUGGAAGAUACAUAAGUGAAUUGUGUUACUCUAAAACUCAUUGUGUAACAGUUGAAUUCUAAACAUUGAAGGUUUUUUAGUUGUAAUGUACAAAGAAUCACUUUCAGGACUUUCUGCAAUGACAUAUAAUCUGAAUUUAAUUGGUACAUGUAUAUUAUUUAACUUGAUCACAUUUUGUGAUUAGAAGUGUGAAUAGUCUUUGAUGUAGACUUGUGAAAUGUUAAAAAUACAACACACUCACUCACUGUAAGCAUUAGCAGGAAUUACAGUAACAAAUUUGAACUAAUUUAUCAAAAAUACAAUAGUAGCAUGAUA